AUGAAACCAAAGAGUCAAUUUGAGAGGGCCUAUGAGGAAAAGAUCAGGAAGAUUUUGGUGACUGACGAACUCUUUGAAUUUCUGGCCCUCGAGCUGGAAUCAAAGCUGGUCUCAUCGCUCCCACCUUCUCUGGUAGGUGGUUUUGAGGAGACCCUGAACGAGGUUGCUGAUGUUACCGAGAUAGAUUCCCACCUCGAAGAACAGGAUACGUCUGAAGCCAUGGAUGUUUCCAUCACACCUGAGUUUUUAUCUGAGCAAACGAAGAACCCCGAGUUUGUGUGUUCAUGGCUUCUUUAUUCCGCAGAUCAUUUCUUGGACCAGGCCCACAAGAGCGUGCUUGCGACAAAUUACGUAGAGGGUACGAGUAUGUACUAUAGAUUUGUGAAGGCGGCAUUGAAGGCACUUCAUAUGGUUGUUUCAGAUUAUCUUACUGUAUUGCAGCCAGCUCAGGCCGCAAAGGUCUACUACCAGAUGGCAAAAGUCUACCUCGAGGAGACAGAAGAUUGUGGCCGUGCAGAGCAGUACGCAAAGAAGGCCAUGGCCAUUUCGGCACAUAAUGGGUUGAAGUCGUCCAGGGUAGCUGCUGAGUUAUUGUACGCCGAAAUCCUCGACAUAUCCGACCGGGAAUUGUUGGAACCUUUCUUAACAGAAAGGCAAGAGUUACAUCAACAGGAAGGCAACAUUGAUGUUUCUUGUUCGUUCAAGUUGAAACGAGUUGCGACCUCUCUCUCGGCACACAACUUCAGUUCAAGGCUAAAACUCUUGAACUUUACAGAAGAGACAUCUGUUGAUCCCAAACUUCGAUCCUUAGGUCUAUUAUGGAAGGCAAAAUUACUUUUGGCAAAGGGAGCAGCACAGGAUGCGGCUCAAGCACUUCACCAAUGUCGUGGUGUUUUUCUACAAAUGAAGGACGUCACGUCUCAGUUGAAGGCCAUGUUAUACCUACAGAAUCUCGCUGUGUCGAUACACAUCAAUGAUUCUAAACACGGUCAGAAGUGGGUACAAAAGUUGACUGAUCUUAUACAUAGAGAGGAGAAUGACCAUUGGAGCUCAUGGAAUGAUGAUGGGUCAAUCACAAUUUCACUUGCGAUAAAGUCCGGUUCCCUUCUGUUCCUGUUGCAUUGGAUAGCUCCGGACGAGUUAGUUGGCCUUUUUCACUUGAUGAGUGGCAUUUUCUCUCUUAGCGAGUCUGACCCCGAUAGGGCUAAACAGUCAUUAAAAGUCAGCUAUCAAACAGCUGAGAGGCAUAUUUCGGCUCUUACGAGUCAUCAAGUAACCAACAGGAGCUUCAAAAUUUCCCACCUCACCAAGAAAAUCGUUCGUUUUUCUUGUAUCAAAUUUUUAGCAGCCUUCUAUCAAGUUUGGCUAUCAUUUAUGUCGGAAAGCGAUUUCGGCGGCAUAAAAAUUAUCUACGCUUUCAUCGACAGCUACAACCAAGAAAACUUCACUCAGGAGGAACUAUGGUACUACCAUUUUCUUAUUGCCCCCUUCUUGUAUCUUUCUGCCUUGCAUGCUCAGUCACAAGGAGAACUUAACAGAGCAAAAUACUACUUCAUGAAGGUACGUAAACUUUGUUCAAUUGAUACGAACAUACCAACUGGAGGAGUUCAAUUGCAGAAUUCUCUUGGUUUUGGAGGUGAGUUGGUAUUUUUAGCUUGUUCUCAGAGAGAACUAUUUAUCUAUUCCACUUUGCAUUUAUUGAAUAUCGCUGAGUACGAGUUCAGAAGCUUAUCUCAGGGCAAAAAUGCAUCUCCACAGCAUGAGCAGGCUAUUCAAAAGACUCGCUCCUCACUUGCAUCGUUACACGCAGAAAUGACAAGCAUUGCGGAAACUUCACUAACAGGUUUCUCGUCCACUCAUUUGUUCAGCUUGACCUAUAAGUCAGCAUUGGCAGCAUAUCACACUAAUGGCAUUGAUGACACAGAAAAGAAUCUCGAUGAUGAUCUCAAAACUGAACUCGAGAAACUAGUGUUUGAAAAUACAAACCCCCAGAAUGUGGAACUUCUUGCCCUCUACAUUCUUCUUCGAAUGGCAGUGAGCCUUGACCAAAGUAAGAGGCUUUACGGAAAGUGUACUAGAAGGAUAUCCAAAGCGGACGACAAUGGCCGAAUACUCAGUCUUUUCGUCUAUUUGGAGGCACAAAGGCGAGAGUUGGGCAAGCACGAUCCUGCAAAGGGAGAGAAGAUCAAACGCAAAAUUGAGGCAGUUCGAGAGUGCAUUCAUCACAAGUUUGAAAAGGCGAGAUCGUCGGUGCUACAGGUGUAA